GAUCAAGGAGUAUCAAAGAUGGCGGUGUUAAGUGUGUUGAGGGUUGCGGCUGCUGUUGUGGCGCGGCGACCUUCACCCAAACUGCAGUAUCUGGCUGGAAAUUCCUUGCUCAAGGCCUUUCCUGCAGCUGCUAAAGUUGCAGUCCGUCAUGGUAGUCACGGAAAACAGAUGUUUGUUAUCAAAUCCAGUCAAUAUUAUGAUACUCGCUUUCUGCGUCUCUUGACAUUCUACACUUUAUUAACUGGAAUACCAGUGGCUGUUUUCAUCACUCUUGUGAAUAUUUUUAUCGGUGAGGCUGAGCUUGCAGAGAUUCCUGAAGGUUAUGUCCCAGAGCACUGGGAAUACUACAAGCAUCCCAUAACAAGAUGGAUUUCAAAAUAUCUUUACGACCCACCUGAGAAGGGUUAUGAGAAAAUGAUGGCCCUUAUUUCUGUUGAAGCAGAGAAAGCAGACCUGAGGCUGAAACAACUUGAGGUUCGUCGUCUUAUGAGGGAGCGAGGUGAUGGUGCUUGGUAUCAAUAUGAAACUUUGGACAAAAAUUUGAUUGAUAAUUCUCAGAAGUCAGACCCAGAUUAUUAGGAAGACAAAGAUUGCUUGGGUGUGCUAAUUAUUAAUACGUAGGAAGUGAAAACACGUUGUUUAAUAAACUAUAUCAUGUCAA